GAAAAAUCGACGGUAUUAUCGACGACGAGUGAAAGCGAUCGAGACAGCCAAUAGUCCUAGUCGCAUAAACCAUAGGCCAGGCUAGCUUUCCACAUGAGCUCGGCUUCGUUGCAGGAUAGAAAGAAAUGAGGCUUCACAGGGACGUCGUGCCCUGGCUCGGGCCGCCCUAUUACUCAAGAGUAGUGACCGAUCGGAUCGCUUCCUUCACCUGAGCAGCCAUUCCAAAGAGCAGAAAUCCGACAUACACACACCAACGCACACACACACACAUAUUCGAGGAAGAGAUAUAAUAAGCGCAUCGAGUACGAGAGAAUACAUAGAUGCAGACUUAUUACAUAGACGAAGCGAAAAACACAAUACAAAGUUCGAGUACUCUGGAGGAGUAUAUAGACGCUAAAGCGCAAUUAAACAAAAUGGCCAAGAGAAAAAGCUCGAUUGGCUGGAUUGCGUUGCUGGGUUUGUUGCUGCUACUGAAAGUAGUGGGUCAAACCUGGGGCAGUCACAACAGCGCUUUCGACGGCGCGGACAUGGACACGUUCACCGACUCGAUAAGGGACGGCGUGCGAUGUCCCUCGGCCUGUACCUGCGCCGGCCAAGAACUCGACUGCGGCAAACGCGCCCUCACCCAGGUACCGCCCAAUCUCGCCCACUGGAUAAUCGCCGAAAAACUAGACUUGCAGAGUAACAACAUCUCCGUCAUCUUCAAGACCGACUUCGAAGACAUGGCGACCCUUCGAUUGCUACAACUGUCCAACAAUCAGAUACACACGAUCGAGCGAGGGGCUUUUCAGGAUCUCGUGAGCGUGGAGAAGCUCCGAUUGAACGAUAAUCACAUAAGAUUUCUGCCGGAUCAGCUGUUCAGCAACAUGAUGAACCUCAAGCGACUCGACCUCAGCCACAACAAAAUCACCAUGAUUGGACCGAAAACGCUUCGAGGAAUAGCGACGUUGAAGCACUUAUUGUUGGACAAUAACGAGCUGCACUGCGUGGACGAGGCGGCAUUCCGAGAAAUGAAAGAGCUGGACGUUUUGACUUUGAACAACAACAAGCUGACGACGCUGGGAAAAGACACAUUCAGCGGUCUGAAGCAGCUGCGCACCCCCAAGCUGUCGGACAAUUCGUUCAACUGCGACUGUCAUCUGGUCUGGCUGGCUCGUACGUUGAAGAGCUCAUCGAGACAGGGACAGCAGCACAUACGUUGCCAAACGCCGACUCAUCUCAAAGGACAGGGUCUGGUCGAUCUGCAGGAGAGCGAAUUAAAAUGUACGAUUGGAGCGGAGAAGCCGAGCGGCUCCGAAUGUAGCAGCGAGCCACAGUGUCCACCGCCGUGUCGCUGCACCGACGGCAUCGUAGAUUGCCGAGAAAAUUCGCUGACCAAGGUGCCGUCCUAUUUGCCCGAGGAUGCCGUCGAACUACGUCUCGAGCAAAAUGGCAUUACCGAGAUACCGGUCAAGGCGUUUUCUCCUUACCGAAAAUUGCGCAGAAUUGAUUUAAGCAACAACAAAAUCAAAAAAGUCGCCUCGGACGCGUUCCACGGCCUCAAGUUCCUCGAGUCCCUCGUGCUCUACGGCAAUAAAAUAACCGAACUGCCAAGCGGAAUAUUCCAAGGUCUAACGAAUUUGCAGCUUUUGCUGCUGAACGCCAACGAGAUAUCUUGCAUACGUACCGACUUGUUUCGCGAUCUCCCGAGCCUCACGCUUUUAUCUCUCUACGACAACAACAUCAGGUCCUUGGGCAACGGGACUUUUGCCAAUCUUCGGAGUAUCAAGACGCUGCACUUGGGUCGCAAUCCAUUCAUCUGCGACUGCAAUCUUCGCUGGCUGAGCGAAUAUCUUCACGUAAAUCCGAUCGAGACGUCGGGAGCCCGUUGUGAUUCGCCGAAACGUGCCCUGAAAAAGCGUAUCGACAACAUGAGAGACGAAAAGUUCAAAUGUAAAGGCGACGAAGAACUCCUGACGAAGCGUGCGGGUGAGUGCAUACUGCCAGGUCCGUGCCCAGCAUCCUGUACUUGCAACGGAGCGACAAUCGAUUGUUCCAACGAAAAACUUACCUCUAUCCCGAAGGACCUACCUAUUUACACAUCGACUUUAUUGCUCAGAAAUAAUGCAAUCGAGAAAAUCAAAGCGGAAGGCCUGUUCGAAAAGCUUCCAGAGCUGCAGCAUUUGGAUCUGAGGGGUAACAAGAUUUCGCGCAUCGAAGGCGGCGCCUUCGAGGGUGCUCGCAAAUUGACAGAACUACUGUUAUCGGACAAUAAACUGCGAGAAGUACACACGAAAAUGUUCAACGGCCUAACUAGUCUGAAAAGCCUAAAUCUCCAUGGCAAUGCGAUUACCUGCAUGAUGCAAGGCUCCUUCGACAAUCUGCCUCAAUUGCAAACCAUAAACAUUCAGGGAAAUCCACUGUCGUGCAACUGCCACUUAGCCUGGUUCUCCGAGUGGUUGAAAGAGCACGAGGGCGUCACGGUUACCGGACACUGUCACGAUCCGCCUCGACUGAAGAACGCCGUUAUCAACGAGAUCCCAAGACACGAGUUCAAGUGCACCGGUGAUAGCUGGGGUUGCUUAGGCGAUGAUUAUUGUCCGCCCCAGUGUAGCUGUGCCGGCUCCGUGGUUCGAUGUUCGAGAUCGAGGCUCACGGAAAUACCGCGAGGUAUCCCGCCGGAAACGACGGAGCUGUAUCUUGACGUCAACGACAUCAGGACCAUUCAGCCCGAGAGAUUGGCGCAUCUCAGUGUGCUCCAAAGGCUAGACUUGAGCAACAACCUCAUUGGCAUGCUGUCUAACAAUACCUUCAAAAAUCUGACGAAGCUGGCACAUCUGAUCAUCAGUUACAACAAGCUCCAGUGCGUGCAGCGCAACGCCUUGGCCGGUCUGAAAAACCUUCGAGUUUUCUCCCUGCACGGCAACGACAUAUCGGUAAUACCGGAGGGCGCCUUCGACGAUCUCAAAUCUGUCACGCACUUGGCACUGGCGUCGAAUCCCCUGUACUGCGACUGCAGCAUGCGAUGGUUGGCCGAGUGGGUGAAGAAGGACUACGUCGAGCCCGGCAUAGCUCGUUGCGCCGAGCCGGCCGCGAUGAAAGACAAGCUAUUGCUCACCACGCCCGCCAGUGCGUUUCAAUGCAAAGCCAAACAACAACAGCAGCCAGCCGAGGUAUUGGCGAAAUGCAACGUGUGCUACACAGCACCCUGUCAGAAUGGAGGACUAUGCGAGGCGCUACCGGACAAACAGUUUCGCUGCAAAUGCGCACCAGGAUAUCACGGGGACAGGUGUCAAUAUAAAAUCGAUGCGUGCUAUGGAAAUCCUUGCAGGAACGCCGGAUCUUGCAAAGUACUGGAGGAAGGAAGAUUCAGUUGCGACUGUCCACCCGGAUACGAGGGCCUCAGAUGCGAAGCAAACGUCGACGACUGUGCCGGCCACAAGUGCGUCAACAACGCGAGCUGCGUCGACCUUAUCCAGGCCUACAGAUGCGACUGCCUACCGGGAUACAGCGGCCAGUACUGCGAGACAAAAGUACCCUUUUGCUCAAAGGAACACAAUCCUUGCCGAAACGGAGCCAAGUGCGUCGAGCAAGCAGGCAACUACAGCUGCGAGUGCCCCCAGGGCUUUCAGGGCGUCAAUUGCACCGAUAAUAUCGACGAGUGCGAUAAUCAUCUAUGCCAGAACGGUGCUACGUGCAUCGAUGGCAUAAACAAUUACGAGUGCAAGUGCGCGCCAGAUUAUACAGGGAGGUACUGCGAAGUUGCACCAUCAACUGCCUUACUAUACCCUCAAACUAGUCCGUGUGCUCAUCAUGACUGCAAACAUGGUGCUUGUUUCCUACCAUCGCCGGGCUCUGGAGCGGAUUACCUCUGCCAGUGCCAUCCUGGAUACACUGGCAAAAGGUGUGAGUACAUGACGAGUCUGAGCUUCACGGAGAACAACUCGCUGGUCGAGUUGGAGCCACUUCGCAUGAGGCCCGAGGCAAACGUGACGAUUAUUUUUACGACGGAGCAAGAGAACGGAGUGCUGCUGUACGACGGCAACGGGGUGGCGGCGGGCGGCGAGCAUCUGGCCGUCGAGCUGUUCAACGGACGGGUGCGCGUCUCCUACGACGUGGGCAAUUACCCGACCUCGACCAUGUACAGCUACGAGCAGGUGAGCGACGGCAAGCCCCAUAUGGCCGAGCUGCUGGCCGUCAAGAAGAACUUCACCAUGCGGAUCGACGGCGGACCGGCCCGCAGCAUCAUCAACGACGGACCGAAAGAUUAUUUAAAGCUCAAAGAGCCCAUGUACAUCGGGGGCGUUGCCACGGAUACUGCCCAAGUCGCAUUUACCGAAUUCCAUUUACGCAACAUUACCAGCUUUCAGGGUUGCAUAUCAGAAAUGUGGAUCAAUCACAAGCUGGUGGACUUUAGUAAUGCGGCUAAGAUGAGCGGCGUGAGUCCAGGCUGCAGCGCCGCGAUACGCGAUCCGGACGACGACGAAGAGGCCGACGAGGCCAAGGAUAAAAAUAAUAACAACAACAAUAAUGCCAACGAAGACGAGGACAACGAGACGAUGCAAGUGGACAAGGUGGAUCAGCAUCAGCAUCAGCAGCAGCAGCUGGUGGUGCCGGGGACGAGCUCGCAUCGGCACGCCGGCGCUCGAGAGCAGCACGCGGACUUUGCGGUGCUGUCGACCUCGAGCAACAUCGAUCCCUGCAUGAGGCACGAGUGCAAGAAAGGCUCGAGCUGCGAGCCGGCUCCCUUCGGCACCGGCUACACCUGCAAGUGCCAGAUCGGCUGGCAGGGCCGCUACUGCGAGAAGGCGCCGACCUGCCGCAAGGAGCACAUACGCGAGUAUUACACGGCCAACGGCUGUCGAAGCCGACGGCCCGUCAAGCUCGCCAAGUGCUGGGGUAGCUGUGGCAACUCGUGCUGUCUGCCGCGCAAGACCAAGAGACGCAAGAUUCGGCUGAUCUGCAACGACGGCACACGCUACACCAAGGACGUCGAUCUCGUGCGCAAGUGCACGUGCACGCGCAAGUGCUACUAAACGUCGUUUACCAUCCUCGGCAUAGUCCUCGUGCGAGAUCUGCAAUUCGCCAGCAGCGCAUAUCAUAUUCCACGCAGCGUGUAAUCCCGCAUACGUAAGCGAAAAUUUCGCACGCCCAUCCUGCGAACGUAUAGCACUUAAAUAUAUAGCUAUAUGUAGCAUGUGUAUCUGUCUGUGUGUUGUAUGGAGAAGCGGGAGAGUUGCUGCACGCGUCUGUGUGUUGUAAACGCGCACCGCUAUAAUACGAGACGCAACGCGUUUACUCGUCGCAGUCUUCGAUGAUAUUUAUUAUAAUGCCCGAGAGUAUGGAGAAGAAACACUGCAAAAGCCGGCAAUAACGUAAUAUUGCAGCAGCGCCUGUGCACGUGAUAUCUUUAUAUUCUCAGCUAAGCAAACGUCGUUGCCGCCGCCGCCGAUAUUGUCUAUAACGCGUUGGAAUCGAGCUAUAUUGCCUAAUUAUCAUUAUUAUUAUCAUAACGAAUCAUCGCAUCGCAGAUAAGGGAGAAAAGAAGAGAUACUCAAGCCCGGACCAUCCCCGUCGUUCCCCCAUCGUCUCUCGCCACAGCCACAGCCCUAUACAUAUAGCUCAGCGCCGCGCGACUACUUUAUUAUUAUCCAUAUACACCACGUAUGCAGCUUUUAUAUACGUGUAUGCUCGCAUGUAUGUAUGUAUGCCAGAACGAUAUACGUGCAUUACGCGCGCGCACGAGCGUAUAUAAUGCAAAGGAGUGUGACGAUGUGUUCGUAUAUGCGUAAGUUAAAUUCUCGGCUCGUCCCGCGUAAUCAUGCCUCCUCCCAUUUUCAUCCCCCAAGUGCGCCUGAUGCACUGUCAUAUAUAAUGACAAGAGUGAGAGACAGUGUGCAAGUGAGAGAGAAAGAGAGAGAGAGAGGGAAUGUGUCUGGGAUAUGUUUAUCAUAUGCUGGAACAGCGCGCUGCGUUUAUACCUAUAUGAUAAGCGACCGUACGGAAUUUCGAAAAUGCCACAGACACCGAGGAUAAUGUAUAUGCCUGAUGCAAGUAUGUGUGUGAGUGCGAGUGUGCGUGCUGUGCGUGUUUUGGUGCGUCGAGGGCCGAGAGAGCCGAGAGAGCUGAGAGAGCCGGCAACAAAUGGAUUAAGUUUCGCUCGGAUCAAGCGCGGAUUUCACGGCAAAUUGCGCGGUAAUCGUUUGAUGGUCCUCCAGCCGAACGUAUGCGGUUAGGCUAGAGCUUCGCUCGUGCUCUGCUUAUGUGCACUUCGGGCAUUGUUGCUUUAACAGCGCCGCGCCGCAACAGACGUUCUCGAGCGAUUAUUUUUUUUUUUACCUACCUUCUCUAUCAAGCUGCUUCCUUCAAAACGACUUAAUGUCGCGUAAUUGGCAUCGAACGCACGACCUUUGCGCACUCUUUAAUCUGCAACAGGGGGGGCGGAGACAGCUUGGUAUGCAAAACAACGGAGAAAAAAAGCUACUGAAAGUCUCUAAUGGACGGAAGCUCGCGUGAGCAGAGCCUCGAAUGCAGUCGCCUAUCAACGUGCGCAUAAUUAUUAACACGUAGAAGAAAAAAAAGCUCGCUUCCCUCCUGCAGACGACGACGCCAGGAAAACUCCCGCCGACAUUCACUCGGUGCGGGCUAAAGCUCGGCAAAAACAAUCUUAAUGGAGAGCCCGAAGACGAGGACAAAAAAGCCAAUGACGAAUUGAUCACGCGUUCCGUGCGCUAUACGUGUAUACGCGUACUGCGGCUCGUUGUUGUUUUUUUUUGUUCACCUCUCGGACUUGACGAGUCGCGAUAGGGUGCGCCCCUCAAAUCUUUUAUUUAUGGCAAAGUGAAACGUAAUGAUUCGAACUAAUACUCGUCGCUGAACUUGUUUUUCUUUUCUUUUUUUUUCGAAAGAAAGAGAGUGAAUCACGAGGCUAUAAGAAAACUUGACUCGCGGUAAAUAACUAGUAUACACCACUUACGUACAUUUGUAAACUCGAAUAAUAAUUUCCUAUUCAUGAGUCCGUAACAGCAGAGUUGACUGAACUUAUAAUGCCGAUUAUUACGCGUACACAUUGUACGAUUAUUCUACAACUGCCAUAAAUGAACUUUUCCGGCUAGAGCGUAGGCACGUAUUUUAUAUGCGCAUGUACGUACGCAUAAGUGCUACCGAGUUGAAAUAUUUCGGGAUGACUUUGCGAGAAAAAAAUCCAAUGCGAGGUGUUGUUUUGUGUUUCGCACCUGCGUCACGGGUGAGUUGUAUGUACACAAAUAUGCGCACGUUUUAUGGCCUGAAAUUAACAUUUGUGACGUUCGCUCAGGACAUCGGCCCUCGAAGUAUUUUCAAACUACUACACAGCCGCAAACCUAGAUUUUGUAUGCGCCCGAGUCCUCGUAGCCAAAUUACUCGUUAUCGAAAAUUUAUAACGUAUUCAUUUUUUUUAUUGAUUAAAUAAUGGUAAUACGUAACACGCACUCUUUAAUUUGCGAGCUCGGCAUAAUUUAUACUCGGUGUAGCCGAUCGGAAAAUUUAUAUACGAAACAAUAACCGACGAAAUGAAAUAUGCGCCCUCACGUGUGCGAAUGUAUCGUCUGGCAUAUUUCCUAUAAACCCCCACCCCCCUUCCCUUGUACAUACAUAUAAUAAUAAUAACCGACGUAGGCUUUGCACGGGCCUAUGCGCUGAGUGGGCUAUCGCACGCUGUUUACAUUUACACGCGUAGCAGGUAAAUUUUUUGCCAUGAUACAGAAAAAAAUAAAACUUUUUAUACCAAAUAUCAUUGUUAAAUUUUAUGCACAUUCGAAAUGUCUCGGUGCGCGUUGAAUGAACAGCGUCCGUAGCACCACUCGAGAGGCGAGCAUGCAGGAGUAAAAAAUUGAGAUAUUAAAGAAAUUAAUAUGUUAUAUGGACGAAACAUAACUCAUAAGUUAUCGAUAAAUAAUCUACAACAAGUACAAGUUAAUAAAAAAGAGUAUCGAUCGCCUAGUGUUUGUAUUUAAUAUUUAAGAUAAUGAAAAAUUUUAACGAAUGAAUAAAAGAGUAUGAGACUUUCCUUUUUACUGCGCAAUCUUAAUCGUGUUACGCACGAACGAAACAAGGUAAACAAAUAAAACGAGAAAUAUUCGUGCUUGCGACGCCUGUAGGCAGACUUGCCUUUCUACGCGUAAGCUGAGAAAAAAGCAAGUUUCAUGCAAGCGCGAAUACCCUCGGCUCGUUGGACUAUUUUAAAUCGAUAGACUCUUUGAAUGAAUAAAAAUAAACAACAAAUGAACAAGGAAUUAAAAAAACGUUUAUAUGUGUAAAUGUGUAUGAAUAAUGUAAACGGUGACCCAUGAUGGGUUCGAAUGUAUUUUAACUUCUAAUCAUUUCCUAAUCUUUGUUUUUUUUUGUAAUUAAUUUUUUUAUAAUAUGUUCAUGCAAAUGAUGGAAAUGUAGGACGAUGCUUUGAAAUUUUUAUAUUCCUAUUAUCUUUUAAAGAUAAUAGUUGACGUAUUUUUAGAUUAUGGAAAUUGUAAGUCAAUGACCUAUGCCAUUUAUUGAAUGCUCAGUUUUUUUAUUUCGUAAACAUUUAUCGAGCAUUUUGUGUAUUUUUAUUUUAUAUAUUUAUUUUUAUCAAGUCGAACGUUGCAGUAUUCAUGAGAUUACGCAAUAAUAUCUUAAUUUUAAGUGGUCGAACCACGACCUUUUGCGGUACAUGAUCGAAUGUUUGUGUGUGUAGUGAGAAAAAUCAAAUCAAAUCUACUUCAAAAACAAUUAAAAUAAUUGUCAUCGCCGUUAUAAAUGUUCAUCGUUUAAAAUAUCAACAUACUCUUUCAUGCUGUGCAAACUAUGGAACCAAUAAUAAGCAAAUUUUUAGCAUUCAACUGUAGAUUUUUUAGAAGAAAGUAGAACAAAUUGAAAACAGAAGUUUUUUUUAUAAAACACGAUAAAUGUGUGCUUGUGUACAUUCGUCAAAACGAUAAUAAUAUUAAUAUUAAUAAUAAAAAUAAUACUAGUUAUAUUAUAAUAAUAAUUAAUUGUUGAUGAAGAAAAGAAGGAAGGGAGGAAAAAUCACGAAGAAACGUAAGAAGGUCUUCCUUCGUGGGUGCUUCGGUUCUCCAACAUAAAAUGAAACGUCACGUGUGCUUCAUGCCUAAUAAUGAUAUAUGAUUAUAUUACAUAAAUAUAUAUAGAUAAAUUUUUUAUUCGAUAAACGAAAACCCUCAAUGAAUGGCUACUCAUGUAUUCACUCCGCUCAAAAUACCUAAUACCGGCCAGAAUUUUUGUAAAAAAUAAAUCUAUAAUAAAGAG